AUGGAGCAAGAGAGAAGGAUAUUUCGUCUGGAAAUGGAGGCUGCGCAGGUCUCUCUCUCAUCGACAUCGCAGUCGAGCUCACCAGACGAUGAAAGUUCGGGAUUGACAUUCAAAACAUGUGUCACCGGGCUUCCCAAGCAACCUCAAGCUCCGCUGGAUAGUGCAGCUAUGGCAGCUGUUGAACUACAGGGGAGUGAUGUGCUAGUAGAGCAGCACGUAGAGGAAGAAGUGCUUGUCGUUGAAGAACAUGCAGCCAACGGAGCUGAUGAAGUGAAAAGCGACGAGAAAAAAGUAGUUGUUGAAAGCCGUGUGCAGUCACUGCAGUGUGCUCAAGAUCCGAGUUCCGCUGUGUUGCACAAGGGGGACAGGGAACAUGUUCGUGAUCCAGCUGAGACCAGUGCAAGUCGGAGUGCAGACAAGAGCACGGAGCUGACCACAAGAGUGCAGGUACCAGUACCAGCAGGAAUAAAUCAACAUCAGGUCAAGCCUCUGGAGUUGCCCAGACUUGAUGGCAUGCAGAGGAGCUACGUAAGAUGGCGCCAGAGAUUUAUGAGACUGGUGGAUGAUGACUACUCCGUGUCCGAGGAUUAUAAGAUGGCUCGCUUACGAGAGGCGCUAGAUGGUGGCAAGGCCGAGGAACUGAUAUGCGAGGUGCUGGAUGGGCCUGGUGCAUAUAGAGCGGCCUUGGAGGAGUUGGAAGCUUGGUACGGAAGCAGUGAGCGCGAGCUAGAACGUCAGCAGACGGAACUCAUGAGUCUGCCCAGAAUUGUCAUGGAGAAAGACACUGAGUCGCUGCAAAAGCUCGCUGUCAAGCUCCGCAAUGUCAUUGUGAACAUGUCAACUGCUGGAAUGCAGCCAGGCAGGGAGCUGUAUAUAGCGGUCACACAGAAGUUGCCACGUGGCAUGCUGUCACGCUACAUGGAUUGCCAUGACGACAACAGGAGCAAUGCCCAGGAGUUGUCACAAUGGCUGAUGAGAAGGGUGAAUCAGUCGAGGCACGUUGAUGCACGCCUCUCAACUGGCGGUGAUCAGCAGCCAGCUCAAAGAGAGCAGCGCAAGCACAGGGUCUUGGUGUCGAACGCCAGUCAGGCAGCCGAGCCGACGGAGCCUGAACCAUCAAGAGCUGCCUAUGCUCAGCCCAGAACCGCAGCUUCUGACAGGAGGACGUGCCCGAAGUGUCGAGGCAGCCAUGCUCUUGCAGAUUGCUCCAACUUCCUGACCCUUGGCGUCCAGAAGAGAUGGGACCUGGCGAAGCUGGUGGGGCUAUGUUUGCGAUGCCUGCAGCCUGGUCAUUUUGCGAAGGAGUGCAAGAGCGCCGGAUGCAAGAAGUGCCCAGGUGGCCAUCACAGUCUGCUGCACUACGACAAGCAGAAGAAGGCCAGCCAACCUGAUGAGAAGACGCAGAAAGACUCCUGCAGCAGUGCCUGUACAACCAGUGCCGACCACACCAUAGCCUUCAUGACCAUUCAGACGACAGUCCACGGAAACAGUACGGCAGCACAAGCCACAGCACUGUUGGACUCGGGUUCGUCAGCCAGCUAUGUCACUGGGGGUCUUGUUCGAAGUCUCGGCAUCACGACAGAGAAGUGUCGCAUGGAGACGACGGUGCUCGGAGGCAGCUCUAUCGUCGGGGAAACGGAAAAGGCCAGCCUUGUUAUCGCCAGCCUGGACGGUUCCUACGAAGGCAAGCUGGAGGCAUGGGUGCUACCCACAAUCACUGCAGCCGUGCCACCCGUCGAGUGGGAGCAGCAGAAGGCGAGCUGGAGCCACCUGCAGAGCUUGCCACCGAUGGUGGAUCCCAGCACUGCCGUCGACUUGUUGAUCGGAUUAGACGCGGCAGAGAUGCAUGCGUCUCUUGAGGAGCGUGCGUGCCCCACGGAGGGAGGCCCGACAGCCCGGAAGACGCGCCUCGGUUGGGUACUGUUUGGCCCAAAUGCUGUCAACAAGUCUAGCAGUGGCAGCACUACUCUACUCGGCGUCUCUCAAAGCUCCGGAGCUGAGGAGGAGCUGGAUGAGCUAGUGAAGAAGUUCUGGAGUCUGGAGGCUGUGGGAAUGGAGCCACAUCCGCAUACGCCCGCAAUGACUCCUGACGAGAAGGCAGCGGACGACCUCACAGCGGCAACAUUGAGCCAUGACGGUGAGCGUUUCCAGAUCGGCAUCCCGUGGCACAGCGGUGGACCUGGACCAGAGGUUCGGAGCAAUUUCGAACUGGCAAAUGGCCGGCUGACCAGCCUCAUGCGGAUGCUGGAGAGGAAGCCAGACGUCAAGCUACGGUAUGCGGCAGUCUUGGAGGAUUAUCUUAGCAAAGGCUACAUCAGACUUCUGGAAGACGUGCCGUCUGUCAGCGCCAACCAGAACUACCUUCCGCACUUCGCCGUUGUUAGAGAAGACAAGGCAACUACCAAAGUGCGAAUCGUCUUCGACGGAGCGGCUAGAAACGGGAUCCAUCCCAGCAUCAACGAGCUGAUGUACGCUGGGCCGAAGUUGCAGAAUAACAUGGUCCAUGUUCUGCUCCGGUUCUGCAAGGAUGCCGUGGCUCUUGCGGCAGAUAUCUCGGAAAUGUUCUUGCAGGUCAGGCUGAGACCUGAAGACAGGUGCUAUCAUCGAUUUCUGUGGGAGAAGGACGGCAACCUCGUAGCGUUCGAGUUCCUGAGGCUCGUAUUCGGCAUCAAAGCCUCGCCAUACCUGGCAGGACGCGCACUGCUUGAAACAGCGAAUAGGUUUGCUGACACAACGUCCAAGGAAGCCGUGAGAAGUGUGGCAGACAACUUCUAUGUCGACGACCUCUUGAAGUCCUGCAAGUCUGACGAAAAGGCGAUUCAGUUGCGAGCUGAGAUGCAGGCGCUUCUGCAUCAAGGAGGAUUCCACAUUCGGAAGUGGAACAGCAGCUCGUCAGCCGUCAUCCAAACUGUUCCUGAAGCCGACCGAGCUGCAAACACCGAACUUGCCAUCACCGAUCGUGAGGCAGGAGCGGAGCUAACCCAGAAGACUCUCGGCGUGUCAUGGUCGUGCCAGACGGAUUGCUUCACCUUCCACUAUGCUGAACCCAAGGAGUUUGAGUUCACGCGUCGCGGUGUGUUGUCGCAGAUGUGCCGGCUCUUCGAUCCUCGUGGGCAGCUGGCUCCUUUUACGGUACGGGCUCGUGUACUGUUCCAAGAGGCCUGCAUCCGGGACACAGGCUGGGAUGAGCACAUGGAAGAUGAGUUGACAGCAAAGUGGCAGCGCUGGUUUGCCGAGCUCCCAGAGUUGGCCAAGAUCACCAUUCCACGCUGUUUCAAGGAUCCGUCAUCAGAUGAGCCGUUGUCACUGCACAUAUUCACGGAUGCGUCCGACUCGGCGUAUGCGGCGGUGGUCUACACGCGCCAAGAGCUGUCAAAUGGAUUGGCAAGAGUGUCCCUGGCCAUGGCAAAAGCUCGUCCGUCACCCAUUAGGAAGAAGACGAUUCCCAUGUUAGAACUUCAGGGUGCGGUGCUUGGAGCUCGACUAGCUGGUGAGGUAGCUACGGCACUUGACGUUCCUGUGGAACGGCGGCAUUAUUGGACAGACUCUAUGAACGUCCUUUAUUGGAUCAGAUCAUCAAGCAGGAAGUUCAAGAUAGAGGUCGCGAACCGAGUUGCGCAGAUCCAGGAGGAGUCGUCACCAAGCCAAUGGCAGCAUGUACCGGGCAAACUGAACCCUGCCGACCUUCCGUCUCGUGGAGCGUCCGCCAAGCAGCUGUCUGAAGAACAGGGGUGGUGGACAGGACCGGCAUUCUUGAGGACGUCUGAAGUAGACUGGCCGAAGAGACAGAUCAUUGUUCCUGGCGAGCUACCAGGACAGCUGAAGCGCGCGACUUGUCUCACUGCUAACACCACAGCAUCGCCGAGGCUCCAUCCUGACAACUACUCCAACUGGACGCGUCUGAAGAGAGUCUCAGCCUGGUGUAGACGGUUUGUGCGUUGUGCUAGUAGAGGCAAGCACUGUGCGCAGGAGUCCUCAACAUCGGCACAAUCAGCAGCAUGCGACGGUACGUUGGUCUCCCUCCAUUGUCGGCGAACCCAGGAUUCACCGAAGGUGUCCGUUCAGCCGCUCACCGUGUCAGAGCUUCAGGAAGCGGAGCAUUGUUGGAUUCGCUAUGCGCAGAGGGAAGCCUUCUCCGAGUCCUACGAUGCCUUGCGUCAUGGCAGAGAGAUCAGCACUGGUGCCCUCGUGAAGCUGAAGCCGUACCUCGAUGCACAGAGCGAUAUGAUGAAGGUUGGUGGACGUCUGAGUACAGCCCAUCACCUUCCAACGAGCGUUCAGAGUCCAGUCAUUCUACCGUCAAAGCACCGCGUCACGCAGCUGAUCGUCAGUGACGAAGAUGACCGAUGCGGCCAUGUUGUGGGCGUCAAUCACAUUCUGUCUAACUUGUCUGUCAAGUAUUGGAUUGUCAAGGGCCAGUCAGCCGUGAAGCGUCAUCGGAAUGAUUGUGUGCGGUGUAAGCGCACAUGGGCCAAGGCUGCGCAUCCAAUCAUGGGCCAGCUACCAGACUUCCGCACAAGCGGACCUCUUCAACCAUUUGCAAAGGUUGGAGUGGAUUACUGCGGCCCGUUCUACACAAAGCAAGGCCGUGGACGACCGCAGGUGAAACGCUGGGUUUGUGUGUUUACCUGCCUGCAAGUUAGAGCCUGUCAUCUCGAGAUGGCAACGUCAUUGGACACCGAUGGCUUCCUGAUGGCAUUCGACCGAUUUGUGAAGCGCCGAGGUGUACCAAUGGAGGUGGUUUCGGACAACGGGACGAAUUUCGUGGCUGCGGAGAGGCUAAUGAGGGAGGCGGUUGUUGCCCUGGACAACAGCAAGAUUGAAUCGAAUCUGGCUGAUCGCGGAGCGACUUGGCGCUUCAACCCGCCAGCAUCUCCGCAUUUCGGUGGUGUGUUCGAAGCGAUUGUCAAGUCGGUGAAGAGAGCCCUGCAGAACGUGUUGCAACGUGCCGACAUUACCGAUGAGGAACUUAUGACAGCGCUAGUUCACGCCGAAGCAUUCCUCAACUCCCGACCCUUGUCCACGGUGUCAUCAGAUCCCACCGACUUACGGCCAUUGACUCCUUUGAGCUUCCUUAUCGGCCACAUGGAUGUGAGGACAGCUAUGGAAGAGAAUGCCGAUCGUCAGGAGGUGGUCAACCCGCGGCGUCGCUGGCUUUACGUUCAACGGCUGGUAUUGGAAGUGUGGCGAAGAUGGUUGAAGGAGCUCGUGCCGCGGCUGAAUGUACGCGCGAAGUGGCGUGGCGACAAGCGCACGGUGGAAGUUGGCGACGUGCUGCUCGUUGUGAAGAAAGAUACGCCUAGAGGAAAGUGGCCUCUUGGCCGCGUGAGUGAAGUCUUCCCGGGUCCGGACGGCGUAGUGCGAGUCGUGGAUGUCGUGAUCCAGGGGAAGAUUUACCGACGCGCGGUGCACAACCUCAUACCACUGGAAGUUACAGAUGAUGAGCAAGCAGUUACACCGGCCAGUGUACCCGCCACCAGCUCUAAAGGUGUCGAUGAAGUGUCUGCCGUAGUAUGA